GAUGAAUACUUUGGCACCAUCUCCAUCGGUACCCCAGCCCAGGAGUUCACCGUUGUCUUUGACACCGGCUCCUCCAACCUGUGGGUGCCCUCGGUGUACUGCUCCAGCCCUGCCUGCCGCAACCACAGUCGCUUCAACCCAGCGGACUCCUUGACCUUCACCAGCACCAACGACAGCCUCUUCAUCGCUUACGGCACUGGCAGCAUGACCGGCGUCCUGGGCUACGACACCGUCACCGUCGCGGGCAUCGAGGUCAUUAACCAGGUCUUUGGGCUGGCUGAGACCGAACCCGGUGAUUUCUUCUACUACACCCCCUUCGAUGGCAUCCUGGGGCUGGCUUUCCCGAGCAUCAGCUCCUCCGGAGCCACCCCCGUCUUUGACAACAUGAUGAUGGAAGGCCUCGUGGACGAGAACCUCUUCUCCAUCUACCUGAGCAAGUAA